AUGUGGAUGCUGGCACUGGGCGGGGCUUUCCUGGCAGCUGCCCAGGCCUGCGUCUUCUGCCGCCUGCCAGCCCAUGACUUGUCGGGCCGCCUGGCAUGGCUCUGUAGUCAGAUGGAGGCCCAGUGGAAGGACUGUGAGACCUCCUGGAGCUUCUCAGCCUUUGCCUUAGAUGAGGGGUCCAUGAACAAAAUCACAGAGAAGACACACAGAGUCCUGAGGGUCAUGGAGAUCAAAAGGUCUUUCUCCUCACUCCCUUUAUAUUGGCAAUGGCUUCAAAAGACCAAGCUCCCUCAAUACACCAGAGAAGCUCUCUGCACUCCUGCCUGUUGGGGCAGCACCAUCCUGUACAACUGUUCCACCUGCAAGGGCUUUGAGGUGCACUGCUGGCCCAAAAAACGCUGCUUCCCAGGAUCUUUGGGAAGCCAGGAUUCUACUUCUCUCUGUCUUUGGAACUGUCCUGUUCCUGGGUCUCAUGAGCCUCGUGGUAGAGUUCCACCUCCUUGA